UGUAAUAGAUCACAACUGAUCACAGCGGACGUUCCCCUCAGUAUAAAAGGUGACAGCGAUCAAUAGCUGAGCACCAGAAGCUCCCUGAAGCGGACCAGACAACAGCAUCAGAGUCACUGCUGCAGACAAAGACGAGGACAUGGUGUCAAUCAGAGCCACGGCGGCGGUGCUCGCGCUCCUCUCGGCUUGCCUGCUGGUCACUGACGUGUCUGCAGUUAAUUAUGGAUGCUGUCGAAGUUACAUGACAUCCCGAAUACCCUUUUCUAGGAUCAAGGGGUACUCAGUGCAGACUAUGAAAGAAAUGUGUUCCAUCAAUGCCAUCAUUUUCCACACAAUGAAGGGGAAAGGGUGCACGGAUCCCGCUCUCAACUGGGUCAUGCAGUACGUCAACCGUUUAAGAGAUAAAGCACAGCAGGUUCACGCAAAUACGUCAAAAGCGAACCAGUAGAGUUCUUCUGCUUUGAAGACGGUGAUGGAGCCCGUUUAUCUCCAGUUCUCCAGUGACCAACAACAUUCAGGGAACCAGUACAGCAAAACUGAUUAUUAUCAUUUAGAAAGCAUUAGCUCAGUUGUAGGAGCAUUGCAUUUUAUCAUGUUGAAAUGUGUAUGUUGUUUUCUAUUGUAUGUAAAUGUUGCAUUCACAAUAGAAUGUAAAAGACAAAAAUCAUUAAAGAAACAAAAAAAGGUGAAA